GCGACAUCCUUCGACAAUUCAAAGCUGGUUAGUUCCCAUCCAUGUCUUUUACUGUUUCCCAGUUAGCGAGUGCCGUCUGUGCCCCCUUCCCCCUCUUUCCCCCAACUCCUCCCCCCCAUUAUUGUCCUUGGUAAUCAUGCAAUGGCCUAUCUCUGCUCGGCUUACGCCGUUGACGGGGUCUGGGUCUACACUUUUGGAAAUUGCUGCAGUUCUAAUUGCUCUGGGCAUCAGCGCUGAUCUUGUCACAGCAAGCAUAUUACGACGUCUCUCCAGCGUUCAUCUUCGACACAGAAGAUUUCAGCGCAGAUUUCACAUCUGACUCGGCGGCAUCCCCCCUCUCGCCAUUGUCACCCGCGCUCUCAG